AUGUUGGAAGACUACUCUCUCGAUAACAACCUGUAUCGCCACCCGGAUCGAUGGGGCAACCCCAGAGUAAAGUUUGAGAAGAUGCACGACAUCUAUGCCCUGGCAAUAGUCCUCCUAGAAAUUGCGUUAUGGAAGGAUAUCAAGUCCAUCGUGAAGAAGCAGCCAGGGCAGCGAGUGGUGUCAAAGGAUGUGAAGAGCAAGGCGAAGGACAUGUGCCAGAGCCAACUACCCCAUCGAGUGGGCCAUCUCUUUGCGCAGGCCAUCCUGACAUGCUUGGAAUUCACUGAUCUGACAAAGGGGAUGAGCGAGUAUGAGUCUCAGACGUACUUCCAACGUAAUGUGGACAUUUAA